AAAACGCUCACAGUUUAAACACUUCCGGCUUAUUGAUAGUAGCAGUGCUAAGAUGUAUCAAUCUAUAAAGCCUUUGUUCUUUUUCUGCCUUGUAGCGGCAAUAUUAUCGUUGUCCUCGGUCUCUGCUCUCAAUAUCAAACUUGCUCAAUUGAGAUUUUUCCUUGAUAUGUAUAGAGAUUAUCAAGGAUUCCGUGAUUUCACUCGAGGCAUAGAUCCGCGCCUCUAUUAUUGUAAUAUAGAUGGUGUGGUGUGCGACGAAGAAGGCAGAUUAACCGAAUUGGCUAUCGUCAAUUAUAACAUAAACGGCGAAAUUAAAAACACCUUUAAUCAAUUCAUAUAUCUAAAAAAACUGAUAAUCGAUAAUUGUUCAGUAACUAUGGACCCGAUUUUUAUUAAGUUCUUCCCAGAUUUAACUAUAUUGUCUCUUAGCAACAACAGAAUAACAGGAGACAUACCGGAUUUAACGGCACCCCUAAGUAAAAUAGAUCUUUCUGGGAAUUACUUCACCACGCUUCCUCGCGCUAUAUCAAAGCUGGCAACAUACGUAAAUUUUGGGGACAAUCAAUUUGAUCAAGAUCUGACAACUGGUAAACCGUUAUGUGACGCGCCGCUGACAAAAGUCCUCAAACUUCAUGGCAAUAAAUUUCAUGGAAAUCCGACUAAUAUUUUUUUAUGUUUACCUGAGCUCGUGGAACUUGAUAUAAGUAGAAAUAACUUUACUGGAAAUAUAACCAAGGGUGUUUUGAAUUUAAACAAACUAGUUAAAUUUAAUAUAAGUCAUAAUCAAUUCAGUGAACAUAUCCCAUAUUUCAAAGUUAAUAAGCAACUGGUUGAAAUUGAUAUAUCAGGCAACAAAUUUGAGGGCAUCUACAACUAUGAUCGCUUCGGGUUUGAUCACAAAUUCAUAAAUAUGAGUCAUAAUAAAUUCCAAGGACGAAUUCCUAUUUUUUUUUCAAAAAUGAAAAAAUUAGAAGUUCUCGAUUUGUCUGAUAACAUGUUCCAAGGAAAUAUUCCAGCAUUUUCAUCACAGGUUUUAAUUAAACUCAACUUGUCUUAUAAUAUACUCAACGGUCCUAUGCCAAGUUUCAAUGAAACAACACCUUCUUUGAAGUAUCUAGAUUUGUCUUACAAUAGACUUGCUAUUGUUUGUGAUGAUCUCAUCUUUGAAGAAACUAAAAUAGGGGUAGGAGAUAGCACAUGUGAUGUGAGCAAUAAUUUAUUUUUCAACAAGUGUACUUUUGACAAUUGUACUAUAAGCAACUAUGGAUGCGAGAGAUGCUACCCUACUAUGGUGGGUAAGAGACCCGAGGUCAGCGCAUCACCAGAUUCCUAUAAGUUUGCAUUUUUAAUAUUAAAUAUUUUUGGAGUACUCAUUUUAUUCCAAAAUGUAAAUUCCCUCUUAGCAGUCUACCAGUCUGAUUGAUUCAUCGGAUUAACUAAGAGUAUAGAUGUAUACAUGUGAUCAAUUAUUAUAUUAUCAUUAAUAAAUGUACAAAAGCUUUGUUAAGAAAAAA